GGACGGGGCAAUGGUCCCUUGGAAGGCUCCGUCCGGAGACAGCCAAGCGCGGCCGGACGACCGUUAUUUUCCCUUGGCCUACCCAGUGAGCCAGAUCUUCGAGGCCAUUAAGGACAAGGGCCUCCUUAUGGAGCCUCAAGAUAUGAAGAGGUAUAUGGGGCACGACCAAUCGGCCUACUGUGAAUACCAUCAGAGGACCGGCCACCUGACGGAUAAUUGCAGCCAAUUAAAGAAAGCGAUCGACGAGCUGAUCCGUCAGGGGUACCUGGGCGAGUUCGCCCAGCUGCUGAACAAAAACAGCCAGCAGAAGCCGAACUCAAGGCACAAAACAUGGCGCCGCGACGAUCGGCGCGAGGCAGAACCUCAGGACGUGGAUUAUCGAAGUACAGAUAAACGUCCGGAGGGAUCCCUCGGCCCGAAGGGCGAGAAAAAGAAGUUGGAGAUCAAGGUGAUCUUCGGGGGCGCUGAGACAGGGGAUACACCCGCCGAGCGGAAAAAAUUUGAGAGAUCACUCUAUGUGGGUUCCGUAUCGGCACCCCCCACCAAGCGCAAUAGAGCCGAGGCAAUUACCUUCGGCCCCGCUGACCUGCC